AAUACUAGACGAGUGCGCGAUCGUUGGUGUUACAUCAGUUUCAAGUUAGAAAAGUUUCGAAAUCACCAAUCCAUUAGGCCAUUUGUUUAGCUAUGUGAAGUGUUAAAAAGUUGCGAUUUUCUGCCCUUUAUUAGCAGUGUUGGUUGCGAUGAAUACUAGAAGUAUUUUCUCAAUCUCAGAUUAAUUUAUAUUUUUGAGAUGGAUGGUGUGGUUGAUACGGACAAAGAGAUUCCUCCCGAACAAAAAAGUUCAAAAGAUGAGCGAAAACGUUCCAAAUCAGUCGAGUCUCGAGCUAGCUCUUCCUCAGAGCUGGACACAGAUGUGCGCAGAGGAGCGAGAAGAAGAUCGAAAGAGAGCAAAAUCACGGAAGAAAAGUCGGCGGAUCAAAGAAUAAGCAAGGCGAUCGAGGAAGAAGACGCGUUUUUAGACUACAUCAAAAGUCUCCCGGCGAUGUCUAACGAGAAAGUUGAAGAGUAUAACAAAUCAAGAUAUGCGUUGAAAAGAUCAACGUCAGAGGCGUCCGGUGGACUUGAACAUCUGGAUAACCUGUACCGCCUCAUGGAACACCUGGGGCAGUUGAGGAUACAAAACUCAAAGCUGCAAGAAAGAGUGAAAUAUCUAGAAAACAUCGCUCACGAAGAUAUGCCUCAGAAGGAACAUGAGGAAAUUGAGGAGAAACACAGAAGCAAAAGGAGCACGAAGUGCAAAUCGUCGCAUUAUGGGAUCCGACAAACGUUCAUGAAGAGCACAAGGGAGAGAAGUAGGUCGGUUGGGGUCGAGGAACUGCUCAAGACGACGGGUCAGUACCGCGCUCACGAGUUCGAUCCCCGAUCAUCCAAGUCUAAAGUGUCCAAGUGGACCAAAGUGAAAGAAGCGUUCCGCUGGGAGAAGGCGUCCAACGGAGUCCUUCCAGAGGCAAAGUCCCAGGACAGCGGCCUAGGCACGGCGGACGACGUGAGGUUCCUCAGGGUUCCACAGACCUUCAGCGACUCAUCCAGCCCCGCAGACUCCGCGCAGCUCAUGUCCUCGGCGUCAACCUCGGACGAGGACCUGGAGGACGCAGGGCUGCAAGAGUGUACAUUCCAGAGAGAGUUUUUGGACACUAAGAGGAGUAAAUCUUUGGAUGGUGAAGCUCAUAUGAUGACAGGGGAACUUCUGGAUCACAGUGAAGCAGGAAAGGAGCAUAAAAGUGGCCAAUCAGGGCACAAAGGAAUGAAAACUCCAUGGGGAAAGAUGAAGGAUAUCAUACAAACACGGACAGGAAGUGUGAAGAAAAAGAAGGGAGAUAGUGAUGUGGAAGAGGAUACAAAAAGUGGUAUAUCAGCUGGGGAGAUGCACACUCAAGAUGCACUGUACCAUGAUUCUGAGAUAACAUGUGACCACAGCUUAGAGGGGACUGAGACAGACGUUCUAGGAAGGACUUAUGACAAAACAUUGAAGCGGAAGCUUGCUCCUAUGCUGACAAUCACCCUGCCAUCAACGGAGGAGUUGCACAGUGGAAAUGAACAGGAGAGUGUGGCAUCAACAGCGACCAAAGUCUCGACUAAACCUCCUCCUAGUCCUCAGACAGACGAGAGACAUCUUAAAACCUCAGUGAAAGGAAGACCUGAAGAAGGCGGGUUGCGGGAUAAGAGUGAUCAUGUGCCUAGAAAGAUAUCUGGCGGUAGUGCAGGCACCUCGCCUCCCACUCCACGGAGAUUGUCUAAAUGGUCUAAAGUGAAAAAUGCAUUUCUAACAUCAGGAGCUCAAAGUGAGGACUGUCUUCUGAGGGGAAGUAGCUCAGUUCCAUCCAGUCCUGUUAAGUCUGCUAACUUCACUUACGACAUUGAGUCUGAUGAACUAAGCAGUGGGGAGUUCAUGGACGACAGCACUAGGGACGACGAUGUGUUCCCAGAUGCAUCUGAGGAGGUCGGCGAAGCAUACAUGAAACACGACAACAUUCAGGCAGAGAUCCAGAGAAACUAUGAGGAAUUGCAGUUGAAGCUCAGUCAGGAGUUCCACAAGAAGCUAUGUGAGUGGGAGAGAAUGAAGAGCAGUGGCAGUCCCGGAACUCCUCCUUGCAGUACCAGAGUUGGAGGAAGUGGAUUCUCCAGCGGAACAUCCAGCGUCGGGGACGAUUCUCCUCAUGACAAAGGGUUCCGGAAGAAGAUGGAAGAGUGGGAGAAGAUGAAAAGCCCGAGCACAUCCAAGCACAGAGAAUCUGUUACUUUGCAGCAACUUGGCGAAGAAAAUCUCAGCCCAGACUUCAAGAAAAAGCUAGAGGAAUGGGAAAAGAUUAAAUCUACUCAAGUUCCUCAAACGCCCGACAUUGUUAAUAUUUCACAACCUCAGUUCAAAAAGAAGAUCACAGAAUGGCAGCUUUGGCGGCCAGGAGUUGUAUCUUCUAAAAGUGAUGUGGGAAUCUCCAGUAUUGCUACUCCACCAGCUGAUCUUCCUGAUGAUUUCUACAAGAAACUACAAGAAUGGGAGCGACUGAAGCAAGGACAUAUAGAAACAGACUGUGCAGGGAAUAAAACUCCAAGCCCAGCGUCAUCUAGAAGAGACUGCAGCGAGCACAAAAGUGGAAAAUCACAAACCAGCCCAACCAGCAAGAAGGGUUCUGACUUUGGCUUUCAACUGAAAAUUCAAAAAUCAAAAUCACAUCAUGAAGUCAAAGAACUCGCUUGGUUGGAGAAGGAGCUUCACAAGAUAGAGAGGGAGAAACAACGGUUGGAGAGAGAAAGGGACAAAUAUUUGGAGAGAGAGGCAAGACUAGAAACACUAAGAAAAGCAAUAGGCGCGAACUUGAAGAAGCAAGAGAUCCUAAUUCCGACAUCCACUGGCUUAUUUAGGUUCGAAGGAAUCUCACAAAAGUUUACUCGCAAGUUGUAUGAGUGGGAGAAGGCCAAAGGCAUUGGUCCAGAGGCGUCAACUUUUGCACUCCUAGAUCCUGGAUAUCAACCCCCCGGCUCAGCAACCAGCACGCAAGAAUCUAGCAUAGAUGGAAUGGCAAGCAUCGGCUCACUCCUGACUAGGUCUAAGUCCAUGGGUAGUGUUGUGGACAUUGUAGCAAUGACCGCAAACCAAAGUACAUUAACUCAUCAGCCAUCCAGUCUGUCACUGAAUCAUAUGGAACAACUGGAGAACAACCAGCUGAAUUGCACACUUAGAAAUUCAUUGGAGAUGGGAGAACCGCAAGCAGUUAUUGUGGAUAUUGAGGAUGUAGUGGAAGAGACAGCUGCUCCGCUACCCUAUACUCCAGCUGUGGAGUGUCAAACUCCGGUGUACUGCUACGCUCCGUCAGAAGUCACUCGUCUUAUAGACUCCAGUGGCAGUGACAGUGACCGAGACCUCAGAUUUGGAGUUCCUACUCAGUCCAGCAUAGAACUGCUCCAUGAGAACAUAUCCCUCCUGGACAAACUGCAGAGGAAGGAGGAUAUAUGCAGAGAAUUGGAGAAUAAAAUAGAUGAUGUAGAAGACAAACUUCAUACUACUGAAAGAAUCCAUAGACAACAUCUAGGAACAUUGGUCAGUGAUGAGGCUCAAGAGGGAAUAACCCCAGAACAAGAACACAACGUACACAAUAUAAAAGAGAAACUACUAGAACUGGAGUCACAACAAAAGGAACUACUUGAAGAAGAGGUAACUCUACAGCACUCUUUUGUAGAGCACAGCGAGCAACAAGCCCUGAUAGCACAAGAUCUGGUGGGCAAAGUGAAGCAACUGCAAGACAACAUUGCGACAGGGACAACCGAGUCUGACAACAAACAACCGCAAGACAACUCUGACGGACAACCGGACUCAUACUCUCAUGUGCAGGAGUUGACAAGUCAACUGAUACAACUGGCAGAGAAGCUGGAACAUGCAGUUGGUGAGAGGAACCAAGAGAUAUCUCUGCUCAGGAAGGCACUCAACUCCAGCAGCCGAGCUCCUAGCAUGCAGAAGCUGCGGCUGCAUCAGCACUGGUUCUCCACAGACUCUGUAGCAACCGUUGGGGUACCAGAAGUAUUUCCCUGUACCAACUCUGAAGAUUUGACUGAACUGCCUGUCAUCCUGACUAACAAACUACAGGAGCUCAAGUCUUGUCUGGGUUCUCUUACGCCCACCCCAGAGAUGAACACUCAACCUGUAUUUGCGCAGAAGAAAAUCUUGAAUGUCAUCAGCCCAGAAAGUCCUGAAGUAGAGACAACAUUUGUCUUCAGUAUUAGAAAGAAAAGUACAUCUGAUGGUGUGAUUAUUGGUGAAUCCUCAAAAUCAAAAGUUUCUAAAGAAGAAGGAAAUGAAGCACCCCCAGUUGAAGAACAGCCAUUAAGUCUUGAAACACUAACCAAAGGCGAGUGUGACAUUGAAGCUACUAAAAAUGACGACAAAGAUGGUGAGGAAUUAAAAAAACCUCAUUUUACUGAGAGUGUGGUUGAGUUUACUUACCCUCUGAAGACUUAUUUUAGGGAAGAUUCUAGAGAGAAACGAUUUAAGAAAAAGUCUGGAUAUGUUUUAUCUGAUUCUGAUGAUACAGAUUCUGACAUUGAUUCCACAAAGAAAGGGGCACCUUCCACUUGUAAACCUAUCGAGAAUCUUGAAUCAGAAAAUGUUCAAGAAAAUACCACUGUGAAAAAGUACAAGAGAAGUAGGCAUAAUUCUGGAUUACUUGAACGAAGAAGAAGCAGAACGGAUAGUAAAGAGGAAAACAGCGAUGAAGAUGAAGUAAGUGGCACAGGACUCUUUGAUUCAUGUGCAAGUAAAAAGUGCAUCAAUUAUGAAGAACGUUACAGAAAAUCUACUGUAAAAGGGAAAUCAUUACCAAAAGAAACUGAAAAUGUGAAUAAUUCUUUAGGAAAUAAAGAAGAAUUAAGUAUUAAUGUAGGUAUGGAGGAUACUCCAGAAGGAAGUAUAAAACCAUUACACAGCCCAAAGUGUGUUUCACGUAGAUUAAAAAAAAGCACAAAGAAUCCAAAGGAGAGUAAGAACCUAAAUGAUAGUAAGUGUUUAACAUACAACUUUUGCUGCAAUGCUGAAAGUGAAGAUUUAGUUCCCAAUCAAGAAAUGGCGGUGAAUGUGUUUGUGCCUACAACGAGAAAAAUAUUUUCCCCAGUUCGGAAAGACAGUAAAGGAGAAGCUUCCUCUGUUAUUAGCUAUGUCGUUGAAGAUCCAGUUCCAAGUACUUCUCUUGACAUCACAUCGAUAAAUGUAUCUGAUACUCACGGAGGUAUUAAAAAAAACAACGAUGAAGUAAAAAUUGGCAGUGAAAAUCAUGAUAGUAUUGAAAGGAAUAAAUGCAGAAGAGAUAGUACAAGUAAUAAACCUGACUCUGAAGAAAGUAAUAAAGAGAAACAAUGUGACAAUAAAAAUAAGAACGAAGACAAACCCAAGUUUGAUUUUAUAAUGCCACCAUGUUGGAUCAUUAAACAAGUUAGAGCACAGUCAGCAUCUCCUGCUCUUCAGAGAAGGGCGAUUCAACUUCGCAGCAAAGAAAAAGUGGCAGAAAAGGAGAAUGUUGAUAAAUUAGAAACCAGCGAGAGUAAGCAAGAUUUUAAACCACAGGAACAAAAACAAAACGUUUUACAAAGUAAAGCGGAGGAUCUCAGUACCAGUAGAACAAAUAAGCCAAACGAUUCAGCAUUAAAUUCUAAUACUGAAGAAAAAGCUGAUAAUAACUCAUUAGACAUGUUUUCACUGAGAGAGCAAUGUAGGAAGAACAGCUCUUCAAGUGAAUCUGUAGAAAACAGCAGAUCUAUACGUAAGGAAGGUACAAUACCUUCGAGUUUAAAACUUCGAUCCGAAGCAGGGUUUCCUCCAAUUUCUCCAUUGACUGUCAGGAGAGAAAUGAAAGUCAUGAAAGAAACGGCACCCAGUAUACGAAUGAUGAUAGCAAAAUACAAUCAAAAGGUGCAUGAGAGUCAAGAGCUUACGGGUACAAAAUCACCAGACAGUGGAGGCCAAUCCCCUGUAGCCUGGAGAUCUCCGAUUGCAGAACGUAGAAUACGAUCUCAAAUGGAAAGGUACCAAGAAGAAGUGAAGAAAGCUUUUCAAUCAAGUUCAAAAGCAGAUUUCUAUCCUUAUGCUGCUUUAGGACAAGUGCAGAAGUCAGCAAGUGCCGGUUACAUAAGGCCUUUUGAGAAAGAAUGUUCUAACGAUAGCAUAAACGAUAGAUCAGAAGCUAAAGGCUCAUCUCAAGUUACUCACGGUAUUUUAAAAUCUUCAAGUGUAGGGGCUAUAAAAUCCAUGUCCCCUCUACCUCCUAAACGCAAUAUAAACAACUCUGAUGUAAGUUUUCAAAAAGAUUACUCAAUUUCUACAGUAUUGCAAAAUAAAACACAACCGAGACCUCUUGAACAGAACGAUCCAGAGAAACAUGGUAAGGGUAGUUGUAAAAAUGUUGAUUUUGAACGUGAAAAAAUGAAAUUACCACAUAUACCUCCUAUACCUACGACACUUCUUGAUGAUAACGCGAUAUAUCCUUUGGACAGUAGUCCUGAAUCAACUAGACUAAGAGCCUUAAAAAUUAAGAAAGCAAAAGAGGAAUUUUUAUCGAGAGGUUGUGUUCGAUCCAAACAACCCGGACAAUCUGCACCAAGUACUCCGGACACUUCAUCGCAAAGUGAUCGAAUGCCUUGGACAGAUUCUAAAAGUAGGUUAAGUCAGAUAAGUUGUGGAAGUGAGUCAAGCUACGAGAAUGUACCGAUGAUAUUGGUCAGUGGUAAAGACCAGUCACGCGAUCAAGAAGGCGCUUUGCUGGUGAAGAGUGCCAGCGCCGGCAUGAUCAACAUAGACUCUGCUGCAAGCACAAGAGUUUUUGGCGGAAGUGAUGUAGACAAUAGUGAUCAAGGUGCCAUACCCAAAUCAAAGUCCGGGAUAUUAUCAAGGUUUAGGAAAGCUCGGUUAAAAAGACACAAAGACAAAGAAAAUGCUAAGCUCAAUACUGUUUCAACACUAUGCCGGCAAAGUUUGGUCGUCGAUAUAAAUAAAAGAAAUAAAAAUUCGGAUACGUUGCCGUCCUCCAGUAAGAGUUGUCCUUCAUCUCCAGUUCUUCACAAGAAGGACCAGACAACUUCAGGAAGUUGGAUAAGGAAUCCUAAAAGGAUAUUUAAGCCUAAGUGAUUAGUAAUUGUAUGGAUGGAAUGAUAAUGUUUAAUGUUGAUUCAAUAUGUGUAUAUUUGAGAUUAAUUGUUGUUUUAUACAGGGAAUAAGUGUGUAACCAACUAUUUUAUAUAGCAGUUUUAGUAAGUAAAGAAUUAAUUUAUUAAUA